AUGCGUGUCAGCGAUGCCGGCGCAACAAGAGCCGUUAGAGCAUCUGCCCAGGACGCUGCACGACGUCGGGCGACGAGAAGUCCAACCCAAAGCGCCCACAAUGACAACAUUUCCAGAAGGCUCGAAGCUAGCUGUAGUGUUGAUGAGCGGUUGCAAAGCGUUGAACAGCCAGAUCCGCCGGAUCUCUCAUUUCAAGAUGCCACUCAAGUCCCAUCAGAGGCAGCUACAACACCCCAAUAUGCCGAGGCCGACUCGGCAAUGAGUAUCGUACGAAAGAUUUACAAGCUCAAUAGAGAGCAUAUCGGUGACUGUUCAACCUCGGCCAUACCAGACGGCGACGUGGACAGUGCUUCGAGCCCAGGGUUUAACAUGCAUCCACGUGUAUCAAUCUCGACUAUUCUGAAUUGUCAGUUACCCGACGACUUGACUAUUUCUAGUCUACUAGAGGAUUACUUUGAGGCAGUACACUGGUUCUCCCUGGUCAUUUACGAGCCGCACUUUCGAAAACAGUUGCUAGCAGUUCAGCAUGGUUAUGCCUCGAUCUCGGAAACUUCAUUUCUUCUGCUUUUAUCCAUGGUUCUAUCAAUGGCCGCAUGGUACCGAUCAUCAAAUUGCUCUGCAGACGAUGUCGGUAGAUGGCGUCUACUGAGCAACGAGCUGCUGUCGGUUGUGGAAUCUAGACUUGUGCAGAUCAUGGAUGAUCACUCCUUGACAGCAAUACAAUGUUGCAUAUUGCUUGGCUCCCACCAUGUCUACCACGGCAGACCUAAUCUAGCUUUUUCUCUUUUAGGUGCUGCUACCAAGAUGGCACAUGCCCUGAGUUUGCAUAGAUGUCUGAAACAUGGAAGUCCCGGGGACAUUGAGGAGCGGAAGAGGAUCUGGUGGACGAUAUAUACUUGGGAUCGGUUUGCCUCUGUUUUCUAUGGACGGCCACUGACCAUUGAUGAUGAAGCUUGCGAUGUGGAGAUGCCAGACGUAUUUGCCGAGUCUCCAUAUUUCAAAGAAGGCUCAUCUCAAUUGGCUCCAGCCAGUACAGUCUAUUCCCCGUAUCAGAUUGAACUGAACAAGCUCUACGUCCUGGCUUCCCCAGCUCUGAAGAUGAUAUUCGGGACAUGUCGAUCCCAAGCGGCAGGACACGAUUCGGACUUGAAGUACAGAUCCCUGAUCAAUACUGUUACCAAGAAACUUAUGGACUGGCACAAUCAACUGCCUCCACAUCUGAAGUUAAACCUCAACCGAGAUUUCAAGCCCGAUGAGGCUACUUGGGCUACUAGGGCACACACGUUGCAGUCUUUGGCCUUGCAGCUAACAUUUGACAAUCUCUUGAUCGUGAUCUACCGCCCACUCUUGUCCCAGCAGGCCGAGGAUCUCUCAGCAAUGAGCGAAAGCAUUUCUCAAGAGCCGCACCUUCAGGAGCUGGACAACGAUAUCGCACAUCUUGACGGUGACACGUCUCAUCACAGCCAAAGGCACGUGUCAGAGUAUUGGUGGAGUGCGGCAGUGCGAACCGCGCGAGUCACUCAACUAACACAACUGACCCAUUUAGCCACAAAUUCUCAUCUCGUCGCUUUCAUGGCCAUGAAUUUAUUUCACUCGGCGAUAGUCCUAGUCUUGAACGCCUUGUCGAGCCCCCUUUCAGACAAGACUCAGGGCGUAAAGCGUGCCCUGACACGCAUUCUGCGACUCCAGGAACUCGUGGGCCGUCGGUCUAUAUUUUCUAGGCAAAGCAGCGCCGUAUUAAAGAACCUUAUUGCUUUGCUGUUGCGCAAAGAGAGCGAGGCAAUGCUUGGUGUGUCGGAAGUCGCAACUCCCCAGUCAAGGUACGAGGGCACUGAGCCAUGGAUUUCCGGGCAUACAUAUGACCCAGUCUUGUUAGGAGAGGAUGCCCUGCAAGUCUCUCAAGACCCGACUCGUGGAUCAACUCACCCCGAAAGCGCCGAUAUAUUGUCCGCUCCAACAGACUCACUUCGGCUUAAUCAAAGCCUUGCGGCGGUACAAAGAGCAGUGUUCCCUUCUCUCUACGAGACACAAACAUCCCAGAACCCAGGAGCGCCAUACGUACAUGAGGCAACUGGGCCGUGGCCAGCAUCAUUUUCUGGAGGACACGAGGCUGGCGUAUCGCACAAUGCUGGUGGUAACCACAGUGAUAUGCAAAUGGGCGAAAAUAAUGUUUUCUGGCUCUGGGACUUGCCACUCGGCGGUUCAAGUCUUGGCUGA